GCAGAGAUGGGGAGGGGCAAGGACCUGCCCUGGCAGAUGGGAUGUGCUAAAUGUCAUUUGUUGUUCCAUUUUUACAGAAAAGCAAUAGAAAAUCUGCAGCAAGAGCACAGACAUGUGACAGUAAUGCUGAGCCAGAUCUAUUCCCCGAGUAAUGUGAUACUGCAAAACAGAAACCGUAUGAAGGUCCAAAGCCUUUUGCAGACCAGAAUGCAGAAUGAUGCCUUGAUCAAAGAAAGAAAAGCCCUGUUAGCUGACCUGGUCAAGCAGGUUCUAGAGCUGGAAAAAAAGAUUGUGAAGCAAAGAGACACAACCUGGAGGGUGUUGGAAGCAAAGAGUCACAAACACCUGCAGAAGAAGAUCGAGUUACUGGAGAUGCAUCUAAGUCACAUCACUGUCCGGUACAACACCAUCAUGACCCGAAACAACAGGCUCCGAGAAGAGACUGUGAGCCUGCAAAUCCAGAAAGCCAUUUAUGACAACUGCUACUUGAAGCUGGAAAAAAGGCUGGUUAAGCAGAAUAAAUUGUUGAACGCUGCUAUCGAGCAAGCCACGGAAGACUACGAGCAGUGGAUGGAGGAUCUGGGGCGGAUCUCGGACAUUCGGGAUAUACGCUGCAGAGAAACUAUCCAGUACAACAUCAAGUUGCUGGAGAGGAAGUGUGCCCUUCAGCAGGAGACCAGACUGAAGAACUUCUUCCUCGCCAAAUGUACAGAUCUCUCGAACUUGAAGGAGCAGGCCAAACAGAGGGAAGCCCUUGAGGCAGCUGAGAGGGCCAAGCGGAGCCAAAUGGAGAGCUAUGAGGUGGCCUACAAUCGUCUGUUGGAGCUGUCGGAUGGAAACAUCGACGAUUUCUUGGAGGACUUCCUUGAAAAGGACAGGAAAUUUUUCAUCCUCUUUGGCUAUGCCAUUAGGCUGAACGUCAGGAAUGAGGGUCUCAAGCAGAGGAUCCAGGAGAUCCAGGAUGACAUGAUGGCCAUCACAAUGGAGCAGGAACAAGCAGAGACAACCCGGACUCAUGUCCUGCAGGAGCUGGAGGCAAAAAUAACAGAGACCACCAAGGAAGCCAACAAGUACGAAAACAAAUGCAAGGAGAGCAGCAAACUCCUGGGACAGAUCCAAUCCCGCAUGGAGACCCUCUUGAAGGACAUGGACUGUGACACUACAAAGAUAGUGAAGCCUCUCGGGGAGAGCUUGGUGCCAGUUUUUGGUCCCGUGGAGAACAAGAUCAAGGAGUUCCUGCUGAGGGAGUCCCUGCUGCGCUACACGUCCAUCGAUCGCGAGCAGCGCUCCCAGUCCUUCAUCAGCCCCCUCCAGAGAGCCUCUGACCUCCUCUGGGUCAUGAACCGGGCCAAGCUGUGCCCGCCCCCCCCUGACCUGGAGACCACUGACCCCAAAAUCGUGGAAGAGCCGCUGGGCCGGGCUCAGCUGCGUCAGCUCAUCAUCCGGAGGCAUGAGGAGGAGCUGGCCAAACCCCCCAGCUCAGGCAAGAAGAGGAGGAGACUCACAUCCAGGAGCUCAACAGGGACAAAUUAA